UUACACCGUGUCUUUGAAAAGUCGCUUCUCCUCCUAGUUUUGACAAGGCUAAAUCCCAGAGACACAGAGCAGAUGACAGUCAGUGCGGAUUAUGCUGCUAUCGGGUCACAGAGCAAAGAGAGGGAGGUGUCCUCAAACGAACAGAUCUGCCGCGCCAGCACCGCGACACUGAGUGGAUAGCGCUUUAUGCCCCGGGCCGGGAAAGGUGUGAUGGACGUACAAAUGUGAAGAGCAAAAUACACCUGCGGAAAAAGAAAGAAAGAAAGAAAGAAAGAAUAACAUAAGCCGCUGCAAAGUGACCGGCAAGCCUUACUGCCCGUGCGAUUCUAUCUGAAGAUUGUAGAGCUAUGGACAGGGUGCGCGGACUCUCAAGAAGAAACUAACAGGCGGACACUUAUUUAUCUGAAACGAGCUUCUCCUUAGUAAGACGCCUUUUCGUGCUGUUAAUUAUUUCAGCCGGGUGAACUGCACUGACUUCUUAUAUUUAAAUCCAAUCAGUGACAAACUUUGAGAAGACCGGCUGAUACCUCGAGGGGAGUUUUUUAAUCAUCCGGAGUCAAGAAAACGACACGCGAAUAUAGGGCACUUUCUCUGCAACAGUCUACAUUAAUUGACUCGACGUCAAUAUUAAAGUAACGGAGCGCUUGGAUUUUGCGAGGGAAAGCGCUGCCAACCCAGUACUCUUAUUUCUUGCAGUUUAUCACAUACUUAUAGAAGAGACUUUUUCCCCCCACGUCUGUAAUGGAAAAAAUCAUGUUUGCGCUUUGGAUCGCUGCGUUCAUCUGCCUGGUUCCACGAGAUGAGGCUGCAUACUUCUCCAAACAGCCCCAGGACCAAGUGGUUGUGGCCGGACAGUCGGUUAGGUUGCCCUGCAUGGUGAUUGGCUACCGAGGCAUGGUGCAAUGGACUAAGGAUGGCUUGGCGCUGGGUGGGGAGAGAGACUUGCCAGGUUGGAACAGAUAUUCCAUUACAGGUGACCCCAUAUCCGGUGAGCACAGUCUUUUCAUUGACUCGGCUGAGCUGGCAGAUGAUGCCAUAUAUGAGUGCCAAGCCACCCAAGCUGCCUUGCGAUCACAACGAGCCAAACUCACUGUGUUGGUGCCACCCGAAGAUCCUGUUGUUGAUGAUGGGCCAGUGGUGAAAUUGAAGGCACGAGUGCCAUAUAAUCUGACCUGCAGGGCAUCUGGUGCCAAGCCUGCAGCUGAAAUCAAGUGGUAUCGAGAUGGAGAGCUUCAGGACUCAGCAGUCUACUCCAAGAGUCUGAUGGAAGACGGGAAGCGAGAAAUGGCAGUCAGCAUGCUUCUUGUGAUGCCCGAGGACAAGGACAGCAAACACACUUUUACAUGUCACGUUACCAACCCUGCAGCUCCUGCUGGAAAGCGGACUUCCAUCACCCUGAACGUCCAACAUCCACCCACAGUCACUCUCUCGGUCCAGCCACAGACUGUUCUGGAAGGAGCCAAAGUUCUGUUCAUCUGUUCGGCUUCAGCAAAUCCGGAGAUUACUGGCUACAGAUGGGCCAAAGGAGGAGUGCCUAUCUCUGAAGCCAAUGGGGACAGCUUAGAAGCAACUGUGGACCAUACCUACUUCACUGACCCAGUGUCCUGUGAGGUGUCAAACUCGGUGGGCAGCACCAACGUCAGCACCCUUGUGGAUGUGCAAUUUGGGCCAAGGCUGAUGUCAGAGCCCAAGCCAGUGUCUGUAGACAUCGGAAUGGAUGCGGCCUUUACCUGCUCCUGGACAGGAAACCCUCCAUUAACCUUAGCCUGGACUAAAGUGGGGUCGAGUGUGGUUCUUAGCAAUGGCAACACACUCCAGCUCAAGGCUGUAACACAAGAGGACGCCGGCACCUACAUCUGCAAAGCCAUUGUGCCUCGGAUUGGAGUCGCCGAAAAGGAAGUGACCCUCACUGUCAACGGACCUCCAAUCAUAACUGCUGAUCCAACUCAACAUGCCACCAAGGGGGCAAAGGGAAAGCUACAGUGCCUUGUGGGUAGCACACCUCUCCCAACUAAAAUUGUGUGGACGUUUGGAGAGAAGAGCCUGGCAAGCGGCAGCCUUGGGCGGUUUACUGUGAACACAGUCUCAACGGACGAGGGAGUGAUGUCAACGCUUGUCAUUUCGGAAACAACAGCUGAGGACUUCGGUCUGCGUUAUAACUGUACUGCUUGGAACCGCUUUGGCCCUGGGACAGCUGUGGUGUCACUCAAAGAGCAAGAAGUGCUCCCUCUACUGAUCAUUGUAGGUGCUGCAGUUGGAGGUGGGAUCCUUGUACUCGUCGGUCUAAUUGCUGUCAUUUCUGUGUGCUGCAGGCGAUCUGGAAAAGGCAAGAAAGGCACACGGCUCUCCAAGAGUGACAUCCGAGUCCAGAUUGUGCACAGUGACCACAACGCAGCACGCUCCACUGAGGAUGAGGAAGAGGAUGUCAAGCAGCCCAUGGCUCCAAACAGUGAAUCACCAGGAACGUCACGGACAGAACACAGUGACCUUCUGGAGGAAGAGGAGGAUGAGAGGACUGAGCUCAAGGACCCCACAAAUGGCUACUACAAUGUUCGAGCUCAUGAGGACCGUCACAUCAGGAGCGGCUUCUCAGAAUAUGUUCCCAGCCCAAGGCCUAUUUACACUCCAUCUCAGCCGGCUCACAACAACACUUUGUAUAGCCAGCAUGGUAGCCAGCCUCGGAUCUAUGAUUACAGCCACCGCUAUGCCACCACCACUGGGGGGCGCACCAGCUAUGAGCAGCAGCAGCAGGACCGCAUCUUUCCUCCAGAGCCCAUCUACGGAGGCAACGCCUACUUGCCCACCACGUAUGGCCGAGCCUUCACUAGUUAUGUCAAACCUACCAGCUACGAGAAGGUUGAGGCCUAUGACCAUUCAGACCAAGCCAGCAAGGUGUCGAGCUCUUCACGCUUCUCGUACGCCUCCUCGCAGGUGUCCUCCCAGCAAUCGGACUUUGGGCGCCCCUCGCAGCAACGCAUGCAAACCCACGUGUGAUUUCUCGCUCUCUCUCCAGCUGUCUGAGGGGGCUGGUUAUCUUCUACGUCAUUCGGUGGCAUUGUCACAGCAGCACAGCAGAACUUCUUUCUGGUCAUUUGUAGAAACUGUGUGGCACAUUGACAUUGUGGGGGGAACAAAAAAAAAAUACAAACCAAAUCUUAUUUUUUGCCAUUGAUCGAAGUCCUUGAAAAUGCUUGUGUGUAACAAAUGUUCACUUUUUUUUUUUCUUAAUUUUUUUGUGACCAACACUAUGAUUAUAUGGUUGCCAAAAAAGUGAAGCCCAUGGACAGUGCUGGAAACUGGAAUACUCAACGCAGUAUGGGAGAGGCUGGGGGCUGCACUCUUACUUGAGGUGUCAGUCGUUCUAAUCCCAUUAGAACCGUUGUGUAAGCCUGGGACUUUAAAGGUGUGUUGAGAACGGCGGUGCCCGGAGCCGUGAUCUGUUGGAGUGAGACCCUCGGUGGACUUGGCAGACGUUUUUACAGUGCCAGUAUUUCUAAUAGAAAAAUGUGGAACUCGGCUGUAGGACGGCAGCCUCUAAGUGCACCGUGCACCAGUCGGAUGGCUCUGGAAACUUUUGAAAUGGAUCAAAAUUAUCUUAACGAAUUUCAAAUGACCCAUUGCUUGUCUUCCUAUUUUAAUUUUAUUUUAUAUUUUAUAUAAGCCUUAAUGUACAGCGUUAGCUGCUCUACUGUAAAAUAUCUAUAUAUUUCUAUAUAUGAUGACUCCCCGAUUCUCUCCAAAAAAAAAAAAAAAAGUUGAAAUCAAAUGUUUGGAGCACGGCAAUCUGUUUUAUAAGUAAUGACAAAUUUUAUUUGCUAAAUAAACUAUUGUUGCUUGUAUCUUUGUACACAUAUUUAUAUUUAAAUAAAAACCUUUGCGAUAAAAUGUUGCGUUUGCAUGUGAAUGUAAUGCCGGGUGGAGAUUUGCAUUCUGCUUCAUGCCAAGGAUCACGCAGCUGUCUGUAUCCUCAUUUAUUUUAUUUUUAUUUUUUAUUUGAAUAAACGGAGCUGUUAAGUAUAA